UUGUAGGAGGCAAAUGCUUAUAUAUAAUUGGUAAAAAAAAAACGCGACCGAUCUGGUCACAGAGAAAGCAAUUUCUUUAUUUUUUCUCAAUUGACUUUAUGUCGAUCCAAAUUUGAGGAUCUACUUUUGGGGCUCUCACUACCCUUUCUCUGAUGAGAUGAAUCACCGACGCCAUUAACACCAAGGUAGUUUGAUUACUAGAGUAGUAGCCUUCAACGAUUUUGGCCAUGUAGAAUCCUGGACAACUUUUCAAGUAUAGAUGGAUAAAAUGGGAUUAAGUUUCAAGAGAUUCAGAACAUUAGUGGUUCUGGGUUCCAUAACCUUCUCUAUUUUAAUCACAUUUUCUCUUAUGCACCAAAACUCAAUCUUCCAACUUGUUGACGGGUUUUCGAAGAUUGACGUUUUGGCUGCAAGGCCCCAGAAUGCUACUACCAAUGUCUUGGAACAAGGGGAUACAACUGUCACAGUUAAAGCUGGGGGUGGAAAAGAUCAGAAUAUCACAGAGGUAGAUAAGGCGUUGAGAGACAAAGAUCAAAAUGAUAUGCCUGGGAUCUUCCCUGAACAAGCUCAUACACAAACAAUCUCAGAUAUUGGUCCGAAGAAUCUUUCAUUUGAAGACAAGAAGAAUGACCCAUCCCUAUCUACUACGAGCAUUACUAAUGACCAACUCCUUGAUGGACUUCUUGUUUCCACAUUUGAUAAAGCAAUGUGCUUAAGUAGGUUUCAGUCUCACUUAUACCGCAAAGCUUCCCCUCAUAAGCCUUCUGCAUAUUUGAUAUCCAAGCUACGAAAUUAUGAAAGUCUUCAUAGAAGUUGUGGACCUCAUACCAAAUCCUACAACAAAAUAAUGAGUAACGGCGCAAAAUUUAGCAAAAACAGUGCAGGCAUAAAGUGCAAAUACCUUGUGUGGACAGCUUCCAAUGGCUUAGGGAACAGGAUGUUAACCUUGGCUGCAGCAUUCCUUUAUGCUAUCCUCACAGACCGUGUGCUACUUGUCCAAUUUAGGGCUGAUAUGUUUGAUCUCUUUUGCGAGCCAUUUCCUGAUUCCUCAUGGUUAUUGCCCAGGAAUUUUCCUUAUUGGAAAGAUCAGAGACAUAUUGAAACUUAUGAAAAUGUGCUGAUGAAGAGCAAGAAAAACAUUUCACCAGAGGUUUUGCCACAAUUUCUUAUUCUUAAUCUACAACACACCCAUGAUGGUCAUAAUAACUUCUUUCAUUGUGAUCGAAGUCAAGGACUUCUCCAGAAAGUUCCUGUGCUGAUAUUGUGGUCCGAUCAAUAUUUCGUCCCUUCUCUGUUUAUGAUUCCAUCAUAUAGACAAGACUUGAUCAAAAUGUUCCCUCAGAAAGACACUGUUUUUCACCAUCUGGGACGUUACCUUUUUCAUCCAUCAAAUGAGGCAUGGGAACUAAUAAGCAGGUCGUACAAGGCGCACUUAGCCAAGGCGGAUGAGAAGAUUGGCCUGCAGAUUAGAGUAUUUAACUCUCGCAAUCACAAGACACCACAUCAAACCAUUGUCAAUGAAAUUAUAGCCUGCACCAGCAAGCAUAAGCUACUGCCUGAGUUAGACAUGCAAAAAUCAGCAACUUAUUUGAAGAAACAGACAUCAAAAGCUGUUCUAGUGGCAUCUUUAUAUUCAGUAUAUGGUGAGAAACUGCGGACUAUGUACCUGACAAACACAACUGUGACCAGGGAUAAAGUGAUAGAAGUUUUUCAGCCAAGUCAUGAAGAGCGUCAAAAUUCAAAUAAUGACACGCACAAUAUCAAGGCAUGGACUGAAAUAUAUUUGUUGAGUUUGUGUGAUGCAUUGAUUACAAGCUCCAAGUCUACUUUUGGGUAUGUUGCUCAUAGUCUUGGAGGUAUGAAGCCAUGGCUUCUGCGCAGGGCUUAUGGGGAAACCAUCCCAGAUCCACCUUGUAAACGAGUCAAGUCCAUGGAGCCUUGUUUCCACUAUCCUCCCAAAUAUGACUGUAGGGACAAUAGAACGGUUGAUUUUACUUCCCUCUUUCAUUACAUGAAGCAUUGUGAAGAUGUAACUAGUGGACUGAGGCUGGUCAAUGCUAAUAGCUAGGCCACAGGCACAAACUAACUAUUGAUUGAAUUAUUUGCUACACUAACUAAUAUCAAUAGUCCUUGUUCUGUUAAA